AUGGAGAAAGGAGGCGACUUCAUUACGCAGCAAGUCUGCCUGGAGGAGGACAUGGGGGAUGGAGAGAUGCGAGAGGUGGAGGUUGCUGGUUACCCAGUGCUGCUGGUGAGGGAGCAGCUACAGAUCCGUGCGGUGGGAAGCAAGUGUCCUCAUGCUGGAGCACCUCUCUGCAAAGGCUAUUUGAAACGUGGCCGGUUACGCUGUCCCUGGCACGGCGCCUGCUUCAGUACCCAAACUGGUGACAUCGAAGAGUACCCCACUCUGAAUUGUCUUCCUGUUUUUGAGGUGACAGUAGAAGAUGGGAAGGUGUUUGUUACUGCCAGCAGGAAGGAACUUGCAAGCAUGGGCUGGGUGAAACCUAUGACCCAGCGAAGCCCACUUUCCAGGCAGAUGGUUCUGAUUCUGGGAGCAGGGCCGGCGGCAUUGACAUGUGCCGAGACACUUCGCCAGGAGGGCUUCACGGGCAGGAUCCUCAUGGUGACGAGGGAGCGGUACCUGCCCUAUGACAAGACACAUCUCAGCAAGGACAUGGAAGCCAAGGCAGAGAGCCUUUACCUGCGGCCUCAGAGUUUCUUGGAUGCUCACGAUAUAGAAGUCUGGAGAGAAACAGAGGUGAAUGUUGAGCUUUGUGGCAAGGGGGCUAUGGUGGUUUCUGUGGACAUGACCAACAAGACGGCAUCUUUCAGCGACGGGUCCAGCCAGGCCUACGAUUCUCUGCUUAUUGCUACAGGAAGCGACAUGCCCAUGCCAGCCAAGUCCUCUUUUGCCAGCCCCAAGCGUCUCAAAGUCCCCGGCGUCAACCUCCAGAAUGUGUGUUACCUCAGGAACCCAGACGAUGCCAACAGGAUCCUGCAGUUGGCAUCUGGCAAGAAGGUUGUGAUCAUCGGAGCAUCGUUCAUUGGCAUGGAGCUGGCUGCCACCUUGUCAAGCAAAGCCGCCAGUGUCCAUGUGGUAGAGAAGAUGGAGCAUCCGUACAAAGAAGCACUGGGGCCCGAGGUUGGAAAUUUCACCAUGAAGAUGCUCCACGAUCAGGGAGUCCUUUUCUCGAUGAAGACCGAGGUUGCUGAGCUGAUAGGGGAGCGUGGGAAGGUCACGCAGGUCCUUUUAUCCAACAGGCGCAGGAUCCUAGCAGAUGUAGUGGUGAUAGGAAUAGGGGUUGCUCCCAACACCCGCUUUCUUCAGGACAGCUCCAUCGCGCUGGACGAGAAUAAAACCAUUCUUGUCGAUCUGUUCAUGCAGACAAAUGUCCCUGAUGUCUUCGCUGCUGGGGACGCCGCCUCGUUUCCCGUGGCCCUGUUUGAUUGGAAGAACACCCACAUCCACCACUGGCAGAUUGCUCAAGCACAUGGGCGUGUGGCUGCCCUCAACAUCUUGCAGAGGCAGGAGAAACUUCACACAGUACCUUUCUUCUGGACCAAGUUGCUCGGGAAAGUCAUCCGAUAUGCAGGCUAUGGGAAAGGCUACACAGACAUAGUGUUGAAGGGCAACAUGGACCGAGAGAAGUUUGUCAUCUUCUACCUCAGAGAGGGCUUUGUGAUUGCAGUCGCCAGCCUGAAUUUUGACCCUGUGGUCGUCAUGGUGGCUGAGUUACUCCUCUCAGGGAGAAAUAUCUCCAAGCAAGAGGCAGAGACCCCAGACUCGGUGCCAGGCAUCGCUCCUGUGAAAAAAACCUUGUGCAACAGGUUGGCAAGGCAGCUUACGUAUCUCAACUUGGUUGACCCCAAGAGCAGACGCCGGGGCAAGGGGGGCUCCGGCGAGCAGCUGUGCAAGAGAAAUCUGUGGCUUGCCCACCCUACGGCCAAGGCCCUGCCUGCUCUAGCCAAAUGCCACAUGGGCCAGGCCGGCUCCGCUCAAGCAGGGUGUGAUCCAGAGCUCUCCGGCCUGCCAUCAAAUGCGCAGAGCUGA